UGGGCCUUACAACAUUUACAAACUAUUUUUUGUUUGUUUUGUUUUUGUCACCCACUAGUAGAAGAACCACCCAAUUAUCAGUUUGUAAGAAAAAAUGCAAUACGAAAAAAAUCGACUUCCAGCAUAUCCGGUUCAAUAAUACGACGAAAUGAACGGCAAUUAAAGGAUAUACUGGAAAUGGAUAAUAACGAAAAUCCAGUAGACUAUAUCAACUUUAAUGAGGAUGAUGUCUUUGGUGAAAGUACGACGACAAAGACAACAACAACAAAUACCACCAAGUCAGGGGGUUAUAGCAACCUCUUUGAUGAUUUCGAUACGCUUCUUUCACUGGACACUGCUGACAAUAGUCAGCAGACAAAAUUCAAAGAAUUUGAAAGUGAUUAUGUGAAUGUAGGUAGAGAAUACUUGGCAAAUGGUAGUAGCAGUAAAUUUACGCCUUUGGCUUUGGCAGCUCAUGCUACUGCCAUGGCGGUACUGGGUAAUCAAAGUCAUUUCAAUACUCAACUUCAAGCAGCAGAAAUGGCAGCAGCAGCAGCAUCAAAACCUGCCUUUACAAACCAAUGGGAUGUAUGGUCUACAGCUAGGGAUACAACAAAGACAAGCACAACGAUGGCAACAACAACACCCUGGUUUCCUAACAACAAUAAUUUAAUUCAAGUGCCACCAACACAACAGCAGCAGCAACAAUUUCCUUAUGCUUCGAUAGGCAAUUACAAUUCGGGGAAUUUACAACAACAACUGCAACAAGCCCUACCAACACAACAACAACAAUACUAUCCCUCCAGCACAUUUUCAACACAAUCAUUAACACAAUCAUCAGCAACAAAAUUCGAAAAUGCCAAAACAUCAGCAAUAACGUCAACAUCCAUAAUAACAACAACAGCAUCACCAACAACGAGUCUUCCAAUUAAUAAUAACAAUAAUAAUAAAAAUUCCACCACAAAUGGUUUUAAUAAUAACAUCCACAACAACAACAAUAUAAAUAAUAACAAUAAUUCCUCAGCACCCGCAGAAGAUCGUUAUGCAGCCUUAAAAGAUUUGGAUGAACAAUUAAGAGAAAGUAAAGCUGUGGCUGCCCAGGCUGCCUCAAUAGUAACAGCAAAUGUGGUUGAUUCUGGUUUUGGCAAUCCCAAUGUUAACGGCACCGUAAAUCCUUUUGCUACACAUCAUCAUCAGCAACAGACAGCUGUUGUCAAUCCUUUUCAAAAUGUUGCCAACAAUCCAACGCAAAAUACAACACAACAGUUGUUUGGUCAAAUGACUUUAAUACCAAAUGGAAUAGCUGCGGCAAAUGGUUUUUUAAAUGCUCAAAAAACUCAUACUGCCAAUACAGGAUUCUUUAAUUAUACGGCAAGUGGAUUCACAAAUGCCAAUACACCACAAAUACAACAUCAGCAACAACAACAACAGCAUCAGGCAUCCAUUUUGUAUCCAACAUCAAUACAAACAGGACCAAAUGGUUGUGGCUUUGGUUUCGGUACACUACAACAGCAAAUCGCCUCAACUGGCACGGGUCUAACAACAAAUACUUUUAAUAAUCCUUUUGCUGUAAGUUACACACCCACACAUACACACACACACAACACAUCUUUUUUAUAACAUUUGUUGCCACAU